GACUCACAACACCAACAUCUGACUGCUCAGUACGCUAAAUCAAUGUUUCUGAACCUUGUUCCUGGAAAACCGAGCACUGUGUAAUUUGGAUGUUGCUCUUAUUUGAUACACCUGAAUCUACUGAUCAGGUCAUUAAAAGUGAUUUGGCUGUGUAAAAUAUAAGGAAACACCCUAAAUGUGCAGUUUUGGCUGAACAGGGAUGCUGGAUAAUGGCCAUCUGCAGGGGUGGACAGCAGGUAUGUAAAGUUCUUUAUGGAAGCUUUUACUAAAAUAUCUGUAGAACAAAAAAUUUCACUGCCACACCAUAGUUAGCAAAAUGAAAUGACCUCUCACUUGUCCAGCAGACUGCUUUUCAGAAGUGUUUUUAAUUUUCUACAUAGACAUAGGAAAAAACUCUUUAUUUAGGAGUUUUGAUCUUUGAACCAAUCCAACCAGCUUCAGCGUGAAUCAUUUUUUGCUCACAAAUUUGAGCGAAAAAAUGCCCAGUUUAAACAACCUUUUGUGGAAUGGCAACAUUCCAUGGAUGUUCAAUGUUCUUCAUGGAACCAUAUGCUAAUAAAGAGUGUAAGUGGCACCAGAACCGGUCUGUCUGUCUAGUUCUCUCUAUCUAUUUGAGCCUUUUGCCAUUACCUGGCAAAAGACCAGCUGGAAACUCAAUCUGGUCAUUUCACCAAAAAACAUAUUUGCUUUUUAUCGCACUGUUUAAACUAAUUAUACCUCAAAUGCUCAUACAUCCCUGAUAUUACCCACAGUAUGUAUUUGCAUUAGGUCAAUAAGUGGGUGUAAAAAUUGUUUUACUUAGUUUGGCGAGUUCCUCAACAAAGUUGUCCCCUUGGGGACAAUUCUGUUGUAAGACAAGCUUCUUGUUUUACAAGCUACAAAUCCAUAGUGAAUUGUAUCACAUCCCACCACUGUCUCCACAUGAUUGGUAUGCAUUACAAUGACGAAUAUUUGUAGUACACGUGUGCGUGAGAUGGGUUUGUGUUGUGCUUGAGGUGCCAGUGGGGGUGUUGUCCCCCUCAUUCUGUUCUGCAUUGAGAGAACCAGGGAAGAAAAGGCUGAGGUGAUUCACAGCCUAUGAGUCAACAGCUAUCAGCUAUAUAAGCCUGACCACUCAUGGAGCCUAGGCAUCAUACAGUCCUCGGAUCACAAAGGCAUUGCUGCACUGUUGCAAAGGCAAAGACCACUCAACACAGAGAGCAUGUAUUUUCCAGCUCUUCUCAACCUCUGCAUUUUGAGCAUGCUCAGUCUGGUUCAUGGCAUUCCCAUUCGUCAGGAUAACCUGAAAAACUUGGUCAAACUGCAGGCAGACACCAUCAUCCUCCGAAUCAAGGAUCACAAUGAGAAGCUGAAACUAUCUCCGAAGGUUGUUAUUGGGGAUCCAGAGCUUCCUGCUGAUAAACCCAUCCAAGGGCUCAGGUCAAUCAUGGACACCCUAAAUACCUUCCAGAAGGUUCUUCAAAAGCUGCCCAAUGGGCACGCGAGCCAGAUAUGCAAUGAUUUGUCCACCCUUUUGGGUCACCUGAAGGAAAGAAUGACAUCUAUGCGUUGCACACCUAAGGAGCCAGCCAAUGGGAGAUCACUGGACACUUUAUUAGAAAAGAAUGCCACUCACCCUGUUACUUUGGGGUACCUUGUUUUAGACCGACUGAAAGAGUUCAUGCAAAAGCUGAUCAAUAACCUGGACCAGUUGAAGAGCUGCUAAUUUGUUAUUAUUGUAGCAUUAUAAAUAUACUAUUUAUUAUAUUUAUUUGAAACCCUGUAUAUUUAUAGACCAAAGCAGCAUUUUGGCACAUUUUGAUAUGUACACGUAUAUUGUAAACAGGAAGCUAAAACGCUGUUGUGACAUCAUGGCAUGCCAAACAAUAUGUCCUUGCCACGUAAACACACAUUGCCAUGUCAUACUUCAUGCAGUUUUCAGAAUGACAUCAGCAUUUGCUGAGCGUGCUCAAUGACAUCACUGUGUUUACCAGAAGCAGCCAGGUCACACUCUGCUGGGAAGCUGGAAUCAUGUUCCCAUUUUUACUUCUUGCUGCAACACCAGCAUUAUACACUUGCUGAAAACAGCUACAAAAGCUGUCACUAGGGUGGUACUUUUAAGGUACUUGCAUGCACCGUUUAGGGGUAAAUAAGGUACAGAUGUACCCCAGUGACCGCUGUUGUACCUUUUUCUGAGAGUAUGUGGGGUGGGGGGAAACAUAUUUUCCUAAACAGUAUGAAUCUAUGCACUUUGAAUAUCCUGAUUAUUGUUAUUAGUUUUGUAUUUUGUGUAUUGAUGUAUUUUUUAUCAAAUGUUACCAAUAAAAGAAAUGUCUAAAUUACAUGGACAUUUACUAUUUACUGUG